UGCCCUGCGUGUGUCUAACAUAAGCUUCUUGAGCCAAACAAGUCUUCCCACACAACAACACUACAACCUCAUCAUAGUGUCGACAUGGUUUGCCAAGAAGAGCUCUUGAUUGAAAAAGUCUGCUCCCUCUACUCACAAAUCUCCACUCUCGAAUCUCUCAAACCCAGCAAAAAUGUCGACACCCUCUUCACCGAGCUUGUCCUCACAUGCAUGCCACCUAGCCCCAUCGAUGUCACAAACCUCACAAAAAACGUUCAAGACAUCCGAUCCCACCUCAUAAGACUCUGUGGUGAAGCUGAAGGCCAUUUGGAGAGUCACUACUCAACAAUCCUAGGCUCACACAAAAACCCUCUUGACCAUCUUCACAUCUUCCCUUACUAUAACAACUACCUCAAACUUGGUCUCCUUGAGUACACUAUCCUUACCCAAAAUUCCAUCCAUGUCCCUGAAAAAAUUGCUUUUAUUGGUUCAGGUCCUCUCCCUCUCACUUCCAUUGUGUUAGCCUCAAACCACUUAAUCUCCACAACUUUCCAUAACUAUGAUAUAGACUCUUCAGCCAAUUCAAGUGCUCAGAAACUGGUUUUAUCUGACCCUGAUUUGUCAAACCGCAUGGUUUUUCACACCAGUGAUAUACUAGACGUGACAAAAGAGUUAGAGGACUAUGAUGUUGUGUACUUGGCUGCACUUGUUGGCAUGAACAAGGAGGAAAAGAAUCGGAUCAUUGAUCAUUUGGCUAAGUACAUGGCUCCAGGUGCUGUUCUGAUGCUGAGAAGUGCUCAUGGGGCUCGUGCUUUUCUAUACCCGGUGGUUGAGGCUUCUGAUCUUCAAGGCUUUGAGGUUCUCUCUGUUUUCCACCCCACUGAUGAGGUUAUCAAUUCUGUUGUUAUAGCAAGGAAAUAUAGUACUACUCCUUCAACACACUCACUUGAUCAGGGUCUUGUUGGCUCUAUGAUUUUACCAAACAAGUGUUCUGAUGAGAUUCAAGUCUUCAUUCCCCUCAAUCAUGUUGAGGAGUUAACCGUUGAGGAGCAACUCUCGUGAAAACUUUACUCUGUGUUUUAUUUGAUUUAUCUACUAUACUCAAUGUCUUCACAUCAUCACAUGAUUGCUUCAGAUGAGGAUAUGGAGAUCAUGCAUGUGGUGGUGCUAGCAACUUAGUUAAUAUUUCCAUUUAUAUAUGUCUGAAUGCUUCGUGUCUGGUGGAGCAAAAUGUAAGAGAUUUUCAUGAUGUUGUUCUUAAAUUUUCAAUAAAUAUAAGAGAUUUAUGAGUUUUAGAUCA